AAAAAAAGCUUUGGAAAAAACAUACCCUAAAAUCCGGGCCUAAAAUGACCCCGGAAAAUGAAUGACCCUGCGAUUGACCAUGACGGACCAGUCUUUCAAAACUACCCCUCGUCACCCCCUGCCCCGGGAUACCGUCAGUCCCGAGAUCGACACCCAUGCCCAUUUAUUUUUUAAGUUUUAUAUAUUUUCUAGUCUAUAUAUUUAUUCAGUUUCACAUGAGUGGCACUGGCACAGAUUUGUGAAGCUCCUCGUCGUCGUCGUACGAACCACGGCCAAAAGCGGCCUACGCAACGACUGUCGUAUCUUUCGCUGCUACCCUGUAAAAUUACGAAUCGCCUGACUUUAACCGUAAAAUGUACAAAUCAACAAGUUCAGCGCUGCAUUUGUUAUACACAGGUAGUAUAGUAGACUUUGACUCGAAAUCUGUGAAAAUGGAAGAUUUGUCAAGGGAUGCUGAGCUUGAAAACUACUUAGACGCUUUAAACGAUUUCGUGAAAAAGCCGUCGAAAAGUAUCCCGUCCGUGCUGGAACAGUUGAUUCAAAGGAUAGCCCGCCACGGUGAACCAUUGUUUCCUUGGUUCAAGUUGAAGCCAUUGAUUGUGAUGAAGCUAGAGAAUGUGAUAGAGGAAUACAUAGAGUAUAAUCCACAUGAGGAGGUCCCUAUACUACCAAACGUUGAGAAUGUACGUUUUGAUGACAUGAGAGAGCGUCUUCUGAAGGCUCUUGAGUCUUUCAAUAGUGCACCAUUCACAAUACAGAGGCUUUGUGAACUGUUGACAGAACCUAAGAGAUACUACAGACGGAGUGACAAAUUCAUGCGAGGCAUUGAAAAGAAUGUUCAAGUGGUGAGUACGAUAACACCAUCAGGGAAGCGCAUUACAUCCCUGUUUGACCUGCAGAAGAGCCCACCAAUGAUGAAUGGCAUAGUGCCUGACCCUGAGGCUUCACCUAAUAGUGACAACAAUGGAUUCAUACGACCAGACCCUGAUGCAUUUACCAGCAGCCCCAGUAGCAGUAGUAGUAGUAGUAGUAGGGUGGAUGCCAUGAAUGGUGUCAAUCGUCCCUACUUCAACAGCGACACCAUGGACGCACCUCUCCAGUUUGCAUACCCCCUUGGUCAAAGUAUGACCUCACCUAUAACCUCUUUGCCAAGCUCAGAUUCAGGUGUGAGGACUGACCUUAAUAGACUCAAUGGCACACAUAGUGAACCUCACGAGGCUGAAGCUAAAGAGACCUCUGAAGCAAUGCCUGGUGUCUCGCAAGACUCUGCUGAGUCUGAUAGCACAAGAAUCUGUGAAGAAAGAACGUUAGGGGAUGAUAAUGUAGAUAAUGACACAGCCAGCGUAGUAUCCUCAAGUGAUGCAGAAAGCUUCGUGGGGGAUGGUCAUAAAGACGAAGGAGAUGAUGAAAUGGAGGUUGAUGUUGCUUCUUCAGGUGAUGCAGGAUGUGUACGAGAUGGAGAAACAGAAGGAGUUCCAACUCUUCAAUCUGAGCAGGGAAAAGAUGGAAAUGGAGAUGUCUCAACAAGUGAAUCUCGACAGGCUUCAGGAGAGUUACCCAAAGAUGUUGAGGAAGCUGGAAAAGCAGACAGCAGUGAAGGUACUUCAGCGAGCACACCCAUGGAGUAUGGGGAAGAACUCUCCAGUAACUCUGAGGCUGCAUCAAGUGAAAACCAGAGUAAUCAAGAGUCAGAAGAUAGGUCAGAUGUAAGGGACACCAAUACCUCAUUAGCCAGUCCAGAACAGGGUCAACCUGAAGCAGACAUUGGUGCAGCAGGUGAUGCAGGGCCAGGGGAUUCUCUGCCUGGUGAUGCAGGACCAGCUGACUCAAGCAAUGAUGCAAAAAGCACUCCUCUGGAAACUGCCUCGGAGAAUGCAAGUGGAUCAUCAGAAGCUGACUCCAAGGCAAGUUCACCUGAAACUCCUCCUGCAUCUUUAGAAACUUUACCUACUUCUGAUCCAGUAGAAGCAGUGGAAUCUUCUGCAGAUGCUGCCUCUUUGACCCCAUCAAACCAACCUUCAACAGAUGAUGUCACAGAUUCUACUCCUACAGACUCUACAUCUUCAUCAGACAAUCAGAGUAGAGGAUCUCCUGUUCCCAGUGGCGAUGGUGAUGCUGCUAGUAGUGGAGAUGUAGCAAACAGUGAAGUGUGUGAAGAGCAACCCCAAAGUGCAGAAAGCGAGUCAACCCAAAGUUGAUGAAAUCAUCUAAUUUUACCUCACUUUUAUUUGAGAUUAUGACGUAGAACAGAAUUCGUAUGACCUGAUUGAGACCAAGGUUUACGCAUUGUUAAGUUUUUUUUUUUGUCUGAUGAUAAGCAUAAAAGGCCUACUGCAAAAAAAUUCCAUGCUGUUGAGGAAAUUGUAAAUGCAAUAUCAGCAGUUUUUAAAUAACAAAUUUAUGAAUUUUAAAUUAUUUUGAGCCAUUAUAUGUAUUAUGUAGUUACAUCUUUACUGAAUUAUUUUUUUAGUUUGAAUUUUGUUUGUAACUAUAAUUCAAAUAUGUACAAUCACCUGUCAUUGAUGCAAAUUUAUGAAUUCCAAAAGUCCCUAAAUGUUUUGUUGACUUGCCAACAUGUAACAUUUGUAGUAAAUAUGUCUUUGUACUCAUGAAUAAAAGUGAUAACACUCAUCAUAUUUUCCCUCAACGACAGUAUCAAGAAAAAAAAUGAAGGGGAAACCGUCCAUCUCUAUCGAUAUAUAGACUUCUUAUUACUCACAUAUUGUUUUUAUAGUUCAUAAGUUUUUUUGUCUCAUGUUAUUUUGUUAAGUUGACAAUCUCAUGAACAUGUGUGCAGUGUCUCUAAAUAUGAAUUUGAAAAAGCUUACUUCCAGAUUUUAUAAUAAAACAAUUGUAUAACAGUUUUUUGACACUGAAGCAAAAUGUAUUUUCAAUUGUGAUUAGGGAGUUUUAAGUGUGCGCAUCGACAGUGGACUCUUGCGUAAUAAGGUAAUCUCAAGGCAACGCUCUCUCCCUUGUCUACUAUCAAAUUCUAGAACAUAAAAACUGUCAUAUUUACACGGUCCCAAAUCUAGAAUUACUUGCUUCCACCAGUUGUCACAAGCCACUUCCUUGUGGUUAUAUGCUUGGGAUAUAAUCUAAAAUAUUGUUAUCUGUAGUCAACAGACCCACAUUGAUAGACAUGACUGGGACUGGGAUGCUGAUCUCUUCCAUGCAAGCAUUAACUUCAUAUUCAUGCAUUUGACCUCAAGAUCAUUUGAAUAUUCUGACUUGUGAGUUGUUUUUUCAUCAUUCACAGAAUACAGACUUGAUCCAUGUAAUGAUUCUCAACAAGAUAUCAUAAAACUAGUGUGUUGAAAAUAUGUCAUCCAAGAGGAAGUGGUUUCAUAAAUGCUCUAUUAAAAAUGAUAUUCAAGCUUGACUUACAAUGUGGCAUUUACAGUGAGACAAAAGUGCAUAGUCUUAUCUUUAAAGUUGGUAUGACCAUACACAGAAAAUAUGAAUGUCUCUCCCAAAGGGAUCUUGAAAAUCAUCAUCUAUGGUUCUACAAAAAGUGCAUAGUCUUUAUCUUUAAAGUUGGUAUGACUGUACACAGGAAAUAUGAAUGUCUCUCCCAAAGGGAUCUUGAAAUUCAACAUGUAUGGUUCUAGAUAAAAUAAUCUAAGGUUGCGUAUUGAGAUAUUUUACAUGUAGCUACAUAAUUCUAUGGGUGAAUUGAUGAAGAGGUAUGAAGGAUUUUCUUUGUGCCAUCAUAAUUAAUUGAAGUCCAGUUCCAUUCCUCUGCUUAUCAAGCUUGUAUUUUCCUCAUUUUUUUGUUAUUUUAUUCCAUGUAAAUGAAUGUAGUUUUUCUUUUAUGUAGUCUAUGAAUUUGUUUUCUGUUUUAUUUGUUGUGUGCAUGUAUCUUUUCUAUUUAUGUUUAUCUGUGUGUAGUGUUCCAUUGUUUAUGCCAUAACUUUGCAUUUUGUUCAUCAUGUAAUGAAUUUAAAUUGAGCUCCCAUAACUCAACCACUUCGCAUUAAAUAUUGAAUACAAAAAAAGGCUACUGGGUUCCAAAAGAAACUGAUCAAAUUUUCAAGGGCACUGCACAAAUUCCACUCAAUCAAAAUCAACAAUAUAUUUACACAAACUAGCUUCAAUAAUCUUUACUAUAAAAUCACAUGUUAAUAAUUGAGAGAUUGAUUCAAUCACAGAGAGGCUACAGCCCCUCACAUCAAUUGGUUUCAGAAUCCAAAGUCACAAAAUUGCAAAAGAAAGACCAGUGAAAAUGAGAUGGGAUUAAACAAACUUCCAAGUUUAUAACACAUGCCCUUCAUGGGCAUGUUUUAGUGAUUGGCUCAAUUUUAAAGAAGCUACAGGAAAUUAACAUAAAAAUUUUGAAUGUUUGGAACAAUCACACAGCCACACACAAACCUGCUGGUGAUGUCUCGUUAAGCGAGGGAUAAUUUCUUUCAGCCACACUAUGAUAAACACCAUCUUCAGAUUAUCCCCCUCUUACCGGGACAACAAUACUUCAUGAUAUUUUAUAUUGAAAUGCAUGUCUGUCUAUUGCGUGUUUUCCAAAUAGAUGUAUGGCCAUGUCAUGAAAUGAGUUCCAGAGAAUACUUGCUUGCGUAGCAAAAGGCUUUUUUUUUUAGGAAGUCCUGAGACACUCAUAAUCCUGACACAAUUGAUAGAAUUUGUUUAAUUCAUUUUAAAGUGAAGAUUUUAUGAUGAAAUUUUCAGCAUUUUGCUCUGUGAAUUUUACUCUUUUUAUUUAGAUAUAAAUAUUUUCAUCCCAGAGUACUCCUUUGAAUUGCUGGUUGCAAUGCUGAUAUUUUCAUGCAUGACCAUUUUUAUACAAGUAUUUUGUGAAGAUCAAGAUAACUGCCAAUGUCAUAGCAAGUUUUGCACUUGUACAAAAUAACACAGAAUCUGUGAAAAUUGAUGUACCCCCGGGACAUGUACAGUGAAUAUUUGUAUACAGCAAAUAUACCAAUGAUUUUUAAUUAAUAUUUUAGUACAUUAACAUGUAGGUACUCCAAGCAAUUUUUUUCCACUCUACUAUAUAAAGUAAACACUAGUAUGGAGCCUAUUCGGCAUUCAUUUUUAACUUAAACUCUGAUCUAAGUUCUGGUUUAACUACAGAUACUAAAUUGUCACACUUAUUCCUUACAGUACAUGUUCAAUCUAUCAGCUCAUUUGACCCUCAAAUGUCUGGGAAAAACAAAAUAUUUUUCUUCACCAUAAAGUACAGUGAACAUAUGAAGCUUACAUUGUAAACAAAAUGUCAAAAUCUUUGGCUUGCCAUGAUUUUAGUGCGGAGUAAGACCAUGGCCUAAGUUAAAUUGGGCUUCAGAAUAUGGGCCUUUCUUGUUGUAAAGAGCUAUAAGGACUAAUAUUUCAAUAUAUAUAUCGGCUAGCCUAUUAUUCUAUUAUUGCCUCUCCAUAUGAAUAUUACCUGUGUGUGAAUUGAGGACAGCUAAUUAAACAAACACCAAUCAUUAGCCUUCCAGCUAAUGUAGGAAGUGCCAUUUGAUAAAAUACUAUGAAGUCUUUGCUUUCUCUGCUAUGGUACUGAUUACCUAAAUGUCCAGAAGUUUUCUUUUCACAUUCACAGAAAAAGAAAAGUUAAUGAUAUUGAUAUCAUGUCAUGCAAAAUGGCAAUUAGAUGUGAUCAGUGACUUCAUGACCUAUAAUUACCCUUGCAGUUGCAUGUACCUUACUGGCUUUAUUGAUUGUGAAGAAUUGCUGGUGAAAUGACAAAAGAUGCCUUUAGAAUGUCAAACAUUAUGACAAAGCAGAUUGAAUAGGAUUAUAUAGAUUUGAAAGGUUGUGAGUAAUCUAAUAAUCCUUUCUUAACCAGUAAAGUGGAUAUUCAACCUAUGUGCCAGACACUAAAGAAGAUACCCUGCUCCUUAUACUUUCUUUGGUGCUUAUUAUCUUAACCCUUUUUGAAUGAGCUACAGUAUAUUGUAGUAAUAGUAUGUGGCAAGGCAUAGUCUGAUACAUUGGUCAGUUGGAUUUUGGAACAAAGAUCAUGUAGGUAAAAAAUAAAGGUUAUUCAAUAUCUAAAUUACAAUCCAAGUAAGGAUGAAUAUACAGUAGCUCUAUGCAACAAACUAUGUGUAGUUAUAAGAUCUUUUGCUUAUUUGUAUAAAAAUUGCAGAAAUGAGAAGCAAGUUACUUUUUUUAAUUACAUGAUUGUUCUUUAAGGUCAAGUCAACCCCAACAAAAGGUUGAAUUCAUUAAAAUAGAGAAAAAUCAAACAAGCAUUAUUGCAUUAAGCAUUAAGCACUAAAUAAUUCAUCACAAUCAGACAUGACAUCUGCAAAUUUUCCCAAAAUGCAAAUGAGCCAAUGAUGUCACAUACUGACCUCCUGAUCUUAUCUAUUGUGUUUUAUUUGAAAUAUCCAAUAAUUCAAAUUUACCCUUGAAUGAUGUAGAAGUUAGUUUGAUUCUUCAUAAAAUGUUUUUCAUCAUCAAGUUUAUCAUGAAUCAGUGGAGAGCUUCUUUAACACUAGAGUUACCUUUUUGGUACCGGUAUUACAUUAAUACAAAAGAAAUAUUGCAUUUAUUGUAACAUCAGCUCCUUCAUUUGCAUACAAGCAAGGUUGUGAUAACUGUUUUGUGAGAAUAGCAAAACUCUAAAACAUUUGUAUUUUACAUCUUUUCAAUGUUGUGCUUCAAAUUUUCUCUAUUCAAAUUAAAUUGUUUUAAUGAACUUGGCUUUAAAUAAUUCAAUUUGUUGAUAUAUGUAUUAUGCUUUUAAAAUGUUGAGAAAAAAAACAACUUCAUAAUGAAAUUAUUCUUUUACGGGAAUAGUGUCCAUGGAACUCUUUCAUAUGUUUUUUUUUUUAAUCUCAAUAUGUGAAUCUUUUUUUUUAAUCUGAAAAUUCUCGUGUAAUUCUGUCACUAGUAAAUUGUUCAUUAAAGUGAUCAUUUCACUUUGUUCUGAUUAAAAAAAUUCUCCUUUUGGUUCCUGAAAAUGGGCUAAACAUUAGGCUUAUAGUGUAAAAAUACCAUCCCAAAAGUUUCAACGUAUUAUAUUUACAGGAUCAAUUUUAAACCUUGGAGAUGUAAACCAAAGUUUGAAAUAAUUGGGAGUUGGUUUCAAUGACUAUGUGUAUACAGGGAAUCUGUGCACCACAACACAUUAAUUCUAGAUGGACACAGCAUGACCUACAUCAUGUACAUACAGUGUGUACAAGGUAUACACUGAAUGUACAGUGCAGCUAAUAGUGUGUGUAUAGGAGAUACACACAACAGAAGGCAGUCAAAAUAGCCAACGGACUUUUUGAAUUGGAGAAAACUGGUCAUGAGCUGAACCCGUCUACUAGACGGUUCUCAAAAUCAGGCUAAUAAAUUGCUACUUGUAUCUAAAUUAGAGUUUUUCAUCCUAUAUUGUGGUCUGUUUCAGGGUUUUUGAGGACAAAUACAGGCACUCAUACGCACGUUUCAACUCAGUUUGAGAAUUUUUUUAAUCAGCUGCUCACAAAGUUAAACGAUCCCUUUAAUAAAAUGACUUCUGAUUUUUCUGAAAUACUUUUCUCUUGAAUAACUGAUCAAAAUGGAUGUAAAUCUUAAUGUACAUGUCGCUUAUAUACACAAACAUGUCAAAGCAUGGAAUUGUACUGGACUCUUCAAAGAUACACUGUAUGGAUUCACAGAUUCGUUGUAUGUUGUAAGUGUACAUAUGUAUAUUUUUGGACUUGUUACUUUCAAUGACUUUUAUAAUUAAAGUAACAUAAGUAAAUAAAUGACAUCUUGAAACAAUUUCCAAAAGGGUCAAUGAAUUAUGUGGUAUUGUUUUGAUAUCAUAGUUUGCUCUUGUUAUUAGUAAUUUUGUCUGUCUUGUGGCUUGUCGCCCUCGUGACCCUAAAGUCUAGUUACACAAUCUUUUCACCUAUUUAUAUUAUUUUUAAUUACUGAAGGAAAUUGCAGGUAUCUAUGCAAAUCAUGACAUUCAUUAAUCUUAUUUCAAAUGUUCAAUACAUUACAACUAUUCUAUUUGUUCUGAAUUUGUUUUGUAAUUUCUUUCCAAAUUAAAAUUGGGCAUUUGGCAAAAUUGUUAAACCUUGUGAACUUUGAUUUCCAAUAUGUGGUGUUUAUCUUGCUGACUUGAUACUUUGAUAAUGAACUGAUACAACAAAUUUUCUUCAAUUUUUCAUUUCAUUUCCAGUGCUUUUUUAAAGAAUUGUGAAAAAUCUCUUUUGUUAUUUCAAUUCUGAUCUGUUUUCCCUGCAUUACUAUUUGUAAAGAAUGUGUGUAUAAUAUAUGAAAUAUGACUCUUAACAGAAUAGAAGAGACUUUUAAAUGUCAGGACUUGUUCAUAUUAAACAGAAGAUUGAAAAACAAUUGUACAUAUCUGAUAUUCAUUUUGUCUUAGCUGUGUGUGUAAUACAAGUACAUGUUAAUGACAAGUCUCUCCUUGAUAAAGACACAAUAUAUAGUAAAGAAUGUCUUUAUUUUGAUUUCAAAUGUUUGUGAUAAACAAACUGAGAAAAUAAAAUAAUAAAGAAAUAUUUGACAAAUGUGAA